UUAGAACAAUGUGUUGCUGGUGCGUCUCAUGCCAUGGGACAAAAGCCAGAAGUUGUAAUUGUCGCACCCAUUCGUGAAUUGGCCAUUCAAAUUCACCGCGAGGCGUGUAAAUUCUCCAACAACUCGGUUUUAAAGUCUGUUAUUAUAUAUGGAGGAAAUGUCACGAGCCAUCAGCGGUCAAAUCUUCAAGCUGGGUGCAAUAUUCUUAUCGCGACCGCGGGGCUACAAAACGCAUCAUAUGUGUAUUGAUGCCCAUGGAAAAACUUAUAAGGAAAAAAUUGAUGCACUCAGCACUGCUUGGGAGACGAUAGCUUUCUUGGAUGAUCAGUCUUCACCUACAAUUCUUUAUUUGUACAGGGAUACUAUUAUGCUUGUUUUACAAUCUGAAUCAAAACUGAAAUCUGUCAGCAAAACCCAUUUAAAGGUCACCCUUCAAAAUGAAGUGGUGUAUUUCUUCAAUACACAUUCUUGCCUGUGCCAACAUGCAUUAUGUGUUGUGACCGACCCUUGGAACCACCCGGUGGUAAUCAAAAUUAUCAAUGACUUACCCAUCAGCGAGUUUGAAGGUCGCGAUUGUUUCCUAACUGAGAUGCCGAUUUUAUUAACUUCUCGCCUAGACAGGUUGUGCUGGGAAGAUAAGUAUAAAGACCUUGCACUGACGUUAGUUACCUUUUGUAGAAAAAGUUUCCAGGACUCGCGAUGCCUGCUGGAGCCUGUCUGCUCAUUGGUUUGCCAGCAGCUUUGGCUAGAUUUACACGUUUCUCUUCUUUACAUCUGCAACGAAACAGAUGAUUUUGUUUUUAUGUUAGAACGCCAUUUUUCGGAAGGCUACGACUUAGUGAAUCGGCUUAUUAGGAGGACGGCGGAAAGUUUCAGAAAAAGCAAAGAAAAUAGUGGUAUUAACCGAAUCUGGAGAGUACAUGGUAAAGAGACUGCUGAGUUUGCUAGUCGGUGUCUACUCAGCACCGCCUUGAUCUUAUGCCCACCACCAAACAACCUCUCGCUAUUAGCUAUCCAAUUUGAUCUGCAAAUAAUGCAUCGGAAAUCCAAUCAAGACAUUACAACUACAUUGCACAAGUUGAUAAACAACGAUCAACUGAAGAAGAUUGUGACACCGGCUCAUUUGUAUAUUCUCGGCGCAACUCUGUCUAAUGCGUUUCCAGGUGAUUUCAAAGCAUUUGCUGUCGAUCUUUACAUCGAAGCGGUGGCUGCUGAUCUCAACAACCUCGAAAGCCAAAAGUUAAAUCAAAACGGAGAAGAAAUCAAAAUUGCAGAGAUUGGUUUAGCUACAGCAUUUUCCAAAUUAGCCGAGUUCGUUCGUGCCAACCUGAGGAUCUGCAGAGAAAUUGCUUUGACAGCUUUCUCACUUCACCCCACGAAGGAGCGCUUCGAUAACCUGUUAGAGCUGGUACGUGAACAAAUCGCCAAGGAAAAGUCGGAAUCCUCUACUUUAACAAAGAGCCCUAACGGAAUAGUUGAAAGGGAAACUGAAAUCGCAAGCAACUUGCGCCUAGAGAAGGAAACCCAAUUGCCCUAUUCUUAUUCGGAUGCCAUUGCUUUGGGUCUUUCCGAACCUGUUAUCCGUGACCUCGCAGUGCACAGUGUUCGAUGGGACGUUCUAACCUGGAAAAAUGGAUGGAAAGAAUUGGAACCCCUCUGUCGGCGGUACAUGGUUGAUCAGGGGAAUAUGCGAUCCGUUACGAAAGAACUGCUUUUUCUUAAAGUCGACUACAAUCAGUUCAAAGACAUGCCUCGGCAGGAACGCGAGGUGAAUUGGGGCAUUGAAAAGGGAUACGAAAAGUGUCUAGAAUCACUGGUGCGAUUCAGAAAAAAUACCCGUUGCAAACGAAAACUGAAACGAAAGCAGCAAUCUCGUACUAAAAAGGGAGUACUGGCAAGAAAGAAGUCCCUCAAGUCUAGGUCUUUUACACGUGCCCGAUCAAAGCAAAAAGCCGUCACAAAGAGAAGGAUUCGAAUGCGUCAUGCAACCGAGUCAGCCGCAUCCUCCACUGCUGUAAAUAGUGAUGUCGGCUCACAGGAAGGCAACGUGACUCCUGAAAUCAACAUGAAAUCAGGAGGUGUGAAGCGGUCUGCGAGAAUCAAAACCAGAAAGCUCAGGAAUGCCAGAUUGCUUCAAGAAGCACGCUCUUUGGUUAAAAGACUACGUGAAAUCCGAUUGAAACCUGAAAAUAUGGAACUAUGGCAAACUCUUUGUGUAACGCCAGGAGCUAGUCAAUCUGCUAUUCGCGUUUCGGCAGAAGCACCUAGGAAAAGCGAGCAGGAGUGUUCAGGAUCUGCAUAUGGAAACGAUCCGAGCCACUUUGCUCCCAUGCUCAGCACACUGGAUAUGCAACCCCGAGUCGUUCUGACAAGAAUUUCGAUCCCCGGCAAAAGUAACGAGCGUUCCAAGGCUUCGGGAAAUAACAUAUCCUUUUGUGGUUCCCAUAGCGAGGAAUCCCAUUUGGCUGCAGAAAAUGCGACAACAAACAAAACAAAACAACAAUAUUCUGUGGAGGGAAUUACUCAUCCCAUCGAAAAUGUGAUGGAAUUAAAAGACUUUACUGAAAACAUUCUUGAAGAAAGGAAUAACGAGGUUUCCUGUAGUACACCUCGAAUUUGUAGUCCCAAAGGAAAUGGUACCGAGGACAGGGUCACCGUGCAAGAGCAAGAAAAGCCUUCAUCAAGUACUUUCAACUCCCUCUUGUCUUUGCAUGAUGACCCCAACGAUUUAGCACGUUCCAUUGGUGACAUCCAUUUAACACCAUUCACAAGCUUCCCCGACUUUGCUACAUGUUAUUCCGAUCCAGACCCUCUGCUUCCGUCCUCGCCUUCAUUAGUUAGCUUUUCUCUAUCUCCGUAUCAGUCGGAGGGCGAUAGUAGCGGUGACGUAUCACAGCUUGAUACAGCUGAAUUGUUAUCGGGAGAUCAUGAGCUACAAAACCGUACAAUCAAUUCACGGUCUUCUGAUGGCCAGGAGGUGGUUUCGUUCUUCACUUCCUCGCCUAUCUCCGCAAAUUUUCCCACUGAAGACGACAAAGAAGCUUGCCCGCCGACGUUACAACUUGAUGUUCCACCAAGCGAACAGCGUCCAACGAGGGAAGAAUCGCACCCGGUACCAGAAAAGCGCCGCAAACUGGACUCUACGGCCAGCGGAAGUGAUGGUGCAGCUGUGCUUCUGCCAUGUUCACCCCAACCAAACCAGCUACGCAAACAAAGUGAACGACAGUGGUGCCCAAAAUGUGGCUUUCCUGUAUCGGAUACUAACCGAUACCAAUUUGAGAGUCAGAAUGAGCACAACGCGCCUGCCGAACCAUUGUUACCAGAUAAAUCUUCUGGCAUCCAUGAACAUCUUUUCAAAGACUGUCAAAAAAUUCAGAACUCCAAUCAAGGAUUUCUUGCUUGGAUAAAGUGGCUUCAGUUGGAAUUAAAUCCUGAGGAAUCGCCCAACAAUACAGUCGUUACUGAAAAUGGGAGGGCUCACAAAGAAUCCAGUUCCGGCCUGCUUGAAGAUCUCAAUGUUCUUAUAGCCCAGUUAUGUGACAAAUCCAAAGAAACGAGCGCAUCCCAUGGAAUGGCUUGUGAUUGCCUACGAUUGUACUGCAGGGCUCCAUUGCCACCUACGUCAAAUGAUGGAUCAUUAUUGAACCUGUUUGACUGGUUUCGACUUCUCAUUUUUCAACCAGCAGCCCUUUCGGAUGAAACAAAUAAAUCUUAUGUCAACGUCCUUGCAUUCCUCAUUUCAUUGUUAACCGAAGAACAAUCCAACCCAAGUAUAAGUAAUCGCCUCGACAUAAUUGAACACAAUUUUGCGAACGAAGAGGAAAGUAAAGGAAAGAGCAGCAUGAAAUAUGCCGUAAGUUUUUUUUUCUUUCGUGUAUGUGUAUUCUAUUCCAACUGAUCUUCAAAAUGUGGUGAAAGAUUUUUUGAUUAAAUUUAACCCAAAACAAAUUCAAGAAUUUUAAUUACCUGAUACACACUUAUAGUUGAACACAACCAUGAAAAACCAAGUAAAAUACACCUCAGGGUGCACGAAAUCGAAAAUUUAAAUUGAGAAGAAUUAAAAGAGUAACGUCGAUUAUUUACCAACUUUGUCGACACCUA